CUUUUCAUUUUCACUUUGAGUUUCCUGUUCGUAAUGCUGUUUCUCGUAACAUUGGCUUGUUUGCGAACACAGAUUUUGUUAUAAAAAUUUAGUUGAAACAACCAAUAUUAGCAGCAAUUAUACAAAAAUAAAAAAAAUUGUUUACUAUUGCAUAAGAACAGCUAUUAAACGCAUUCUGUGAAAUUUUAGUUGCGAGUGAAAUCGACAAUUUUAAGGGCUCAAGCUAAAAGAAAAAGAAUUGAAACCGAAUGAACGAGCACAAAAGCAAAAAGAAAAGGUUGCGAAAAUAACAAUUUCGGUUGCUCAAGCAACAGUGGUGUUGCACGAAUUUGUAGGCAGACGCCACUUGCCACAUUUUCAGCACCAUUAGGUAGAAAAUGGGUUACGAUUUACAUCGCUUUCAGGGAGAAGUGGAUGAAGAGCUCACUUGCCCCAUAUGCUCAGGUGUUCUUGAGGAGCCGCUACAGGCGGCAAUGUGUGAACACGCUUUUUGUCGUGCGUGCAUUAACGAAUGGCUCACCCGUCAGCCCACCUGCCCAGUAGACCGCAACGCAUUAAAUACCGCAAAUUUGCGCGCCGUGCCGCGUAUACUUCGCAAUCUGCUUUCACGACUUUCCAUCACCUGCGAUAAUGCGCCAUAUGGCUGUACUUUGGUACUCAAGCUGGAUGCACUGAAUUCUCAUCUGGAAGAGUGCGAACACAAUCCAAAACGUCCAUUGCCGUGCGAAAAAGGAUGCGGCUUUGUUAUACCCAAGGACGAGCUUAAGGAUCACAAUUGCUUACGUGAAUUACGUUCUAUGAUACAUCAACAGCAGUUGAAAAUGGGAGAGCUUAAGACAGAGAUUGGUGAUCAAAAUUUGGUCAUCAAUGAGUUGAAGCGUGAGUUGCAACUAUUUAAAGACUUUAUGCGCGCAAUGCGCGUCUCCAAUCCAGCUAUGCGUGCGAUUGCCGAUCAGAUGGAACGUGAUGAGGUGAUACGCUGGAGUUCGACUUUGUCACGUGCACGUGUAACACGCUGGGGCGGUAUGAUCUCAACACCGGAUGAUGCACUACAGAUGAUGAUAAAACGUGCAUUGUCUGAAUCUGGCUGUCCACCACACAUACUGGAUAAUCUUAUGGAGAAUUGCCACGAAAGACGCUGGCCACGCGGCUUGAGUUCACUAGAGACGCGACAGAAUAAUAGACGCAUCUAUGAUAACUACGUCUGCCGACGUAUACCAGGUAAACAAGCUGUGUUGGUUUUAAGCUGCGAUAAUGCUCAUAUGUCUGAAGACGUCAUGGUGGAACCGGGUUUGGUAAUGAUUUUUGCUCAUGGUAUAGAAUAAAUGCACACAAUUCUACUCGUAGACAUAUAGAAUUACACAAACAAUUUAAAGAAAAAUUAAAAAAGACAAACGAUUCAAUUGAAAUAAUAAACCUGGCAAAAAGAAAGAAAGUGUACAUGCAUGCAAACAUACAUAUGCACACAACUAAGCUAUCUUAACCAUAGCGACAAUUGCGUCAGCUAGAGCAUUAAAAUUUUAUUUAAUUAAGCUGCUACAAAAUUGUGCGAGACACAUUGGCAAAUUAGCGAAAUUUUAAGUAUUGAACAGCCAAAUCUUCAAUGGACUUUUAGACUUAUAUAAAUUUACUUUUUCAAUUACACAAACAACUUUGAGAUUUUCCUUAACAUUAAAUAUAAUUAAUUUUGUUUUACUUUUGUAAUUAAUUUGUUGUACAAAAUAACGAAUUGCACUUGAGAUUUAUUUUAACACAUGUGCUUAUCAACUUUAAAAACGAAAAAUUACAACAAUUGUUAUUAUUAGUAUAAUAAUGUUUAAAGUGUCUUAAUUUGGCAGUAAAAUGAUAAAAAUAAUAAACAGCUUUAUAAUUUGCAACCGUACAGGGUUGAUUAGGUUGAUUAUGGCGAGUAUAAACAAUAAGGGACACAAGUUCAUUGGCAGCGCCUGUUCCCUGUAUGCAAAUUUAAACAAAAAUUUAAAAAAUCUUUUUGUAGUUAUUAAGUACGCCUUAAAAAUAUAUUUUUCAAAUGCA